CAGGUAACCAGCUCCAUUCACUCAGAACUGCACCAGUGCCCAUACCAGUGUCCAGUAUCCAAUGAGGUAUGAUCUCCCCCACUUAACUGCACAGCAUCUGAGUAGCUAGAAGUACAGCCCCAUCUACCUAUCACUUCACUGUCCUGGAGGCCUGAGGAAUACUCUAGCGGGCCAAAUGCAUGUCUGCUGCCUCAGACAUCCGUGGAGCGUAUCCUCUUAGACCACAUAGCCUUGGGCUACACAUCCCUGCCUCUUUCAGAGGCUCUGGUACUUGCCUAUCCAUCUCUGCACUUGGCAUUGUACAUUCUCCUGAAGCAGGCUUCAUGGCCCAACACUUAAUGGUGCUCAUCCUCAACUGCUCCACACCGAGUAGCAUGCUUAGUGGAUCCCAUGCCCACGUUGCUCCUUAAAUGGUUCCAGCACAGCCAUAUGUGGAUACAAAAACUUAAACUAGUGCUGUGUCAUUUUUAAAAUGUCUUUUCUUAUUUCUUACUCCCACCCCUACCUUUCCCCCCUAUAUUUUUCUUCCUCUUUCCCCACUCCUUUUGUUCUUUUCCCAUCAGUUGGGAUCCAACAGCCCUAAGCAACCAUACCUACUACACCUGCUCACCGGCCUGCUGGAUGAGUACCACCAGCUUCUUCAACAUCAAUUGAUGGAUGACUGACCUUGGCCAACGUUCAUCCAUCCUGCCCUCAACUGCUCUGCAUAACCACUGAUCACAGGCUGUCAUUCACACUCCAAACCACUCCAAAAUCUACCGUGAGAUAGGAUGUAAGUCAGCAAGCAAAAGGAAGAUUGAAUAAAACAGGAAGUCAGUAAAGAUAACCUUGGAAGUCCUGAAUGCAGCAAAAUAAGGAUAAUGGAUCUCAAGUUCAACAACUCCAGGAAGUACAUUUCUAUCACCGUCCCAUCCACAACCCAAACAAUGUCACCGCAUAUCAAGUCAAUAGAUGACAUCAUGGUACUUGGCAUAAAUCUCAGCAGAUUUAACAAACUUACUCAAUUUCUCAUAUGUGUUGCUGGAGUUUUUAUAUUUUACCUAAUUUAUGGAUACUUACAGGAAUUAAUAUUUUCAGUGGAGGGUUUUAAGUCCUAUGGCUGGUACCUUACAUUAGUGCAGUUUGGGUUUUACUCCAUAUUUGGUCUAAUAGAGCUUCAGCUUAUUAAAGACAAAAGGAGAAGAAUACCAGGAAAAACCUACAUGAUAAUAGCUUUUCUAACUGUGGGUACUAUGGGGUUAUCAAACACUUCCUUGGGCUACCUGAAUUAUCCUACCCAAGUCAUCUUCAAAUGCUGCAAAUUGAUUCCUGUUAUGCUAGGAGGAAUUUUUAUUCAAGGAAAGCGGUACAACAUUGUAGAUGUGUCUGCUGCCGUAUGUAUGAGCCUUGGCCUAAUAUGGUUCACCCUGGCUGACAGCACAAUUGCACCGAAUUUCAACCUGACAGGUGUGAUCCUUAUUUCCCUGGCAUUAUGUGCGGAUGCUGUCAUUGGAAACGUCCAGGAAAAAGCUAUGAAGCUGCACAAUGCUUCUAACUCAGAAAUGGUUCUCUAUUCGUAUUCGAUAGGUUUUGUGUACAUUUUAUUAGGAUUGACAUGCACUAGUGGAUUACGCCCUGCAGUGACAUUUUGUUCAAAGAAUCCAGUUCGGACCUACAGUUAUGCUUUCCUUUUCUCCCUCACGGGGUAUUUUGGGAUCUCCUUCGUUCUGGCUCUGAUCAAAAUGUUUGGAGCGCUUCUUGCUGUAACAGUGACAACAGGAAGAAAAGCAAUGACCAUUGUACUUUCAUUUAUAUUCUUUGCUAAACCAUUCUCAUUUCAGUAUGUAUGGUCUGGCUUAUUAGUUGUCCUUGGUAUAUUUCUCAAUGUCUACAGCAAAAAUAUGGACAAAAUACGGUUACCAUUACUACAAAGUCAGAUAAACAAAUCAGUGGAUGAAAGAAAGUCAAGGACGUUGGCACAAACUGUAUAGACAAUGAGUGAUUCCUACUGUUCAAAAUGGGAUCUUAUGGGAACAAUCCAUUCAUUACCUUUCCAGAGGGACUCUUGUAAAGACCAAAGCAUCUGAAGGCAUGCUGUCUGUGAUGGCUUAGCUUAUCUCAACUUCAGUCGGCAAUGAUUCUCUGAUUUGACAGACACUGUUUUCCAUUUGUGUUUGAUAUGAGCAGCCGGUCAGUUGGCAGUUUCCUUGGGAAUGUGGCCUGCCAUCUAGCUUCUAUGGAUAUUCUGGCAAAGCGUGUUCUCAAACCUAUAUCCAACCCUUCAUCUUCUCACCUCUGGUUCUUGGGAUGGGAGCUAGCAGCCUGCCAUUUGACCUGCAGUUUUUUUAAUUCGUCACUGCCUACAGCCCCAUGAACCAACAGCCUUUGGUCUGACUAGCUGAUUUUGGGUUUAUCAGCCCUUGCAACCAGUUAGGAGAAGCCGCCAGCCUGACACCCUGACCCAUGGAGUUAGGAUUUGCCAGCCUCCACAGUUUUGUGAACCAUCCCCUUGAGAGAACACAUACUCUCACUCUCUCUCCUCUAUUUGUACACAUUUAUAUCCCUCGCUGCUUUUGUUCCUUUAGAGAACCCAGCUUAUGAUAAUGUCCGUUUAUGUGAAUGGAUUCAAUGUGGAAAUUUUGUGAUGUCAGCCUUUUUUCCCAGGACAUUGUGACUGUUUGACCUUGGAAGCCACCAAGAAAGCCACUGUCUAGCACACACCUUAAGAAUAAAAUGUCAAUAUGAAGGACCGAAA